AUGGUCAAGGCGUGGAGGGCGGGAGAGAUGAUUGCGCAAAUGCUUCUGGAUGAGACACUUGGUGAUGAAUUUCCCAAAUCGAUGAUGAUUGCGGCUGCUCGCAUGAAAGCCUUGCGGACCUCUCUGAGGGAGAACUCGGAGGUUCCGCCGCGCCUCUGA